GUCAGAUAGCUUCUACCUCCCGCCGCCCAUCCCUGGCCCCAACCGGCACGGAGCAGACGGGGGCAGCAGCAGCAGCAGGCGAGGAGGAAGAUGGCGGGACGGCUGCCGGCCUGUGUGGUGGACUGUGGCACAGGGUAUACCAAACUAGGUUAUGCUGGAAAUACAGAACCACAGUUUAUCAUCCCUUCCUGUAUUGCUAUUAAGGAGUCCGCAAAAGUGGGUGAUCAAGCUCAAAGGAGGGUGAUGAAAGGUGUUGAUGACCUAGACUUCUUCAUUGGUGAUGAAGCAAUAGAAAAACCUACAUAUGCAACAAAGUGGCCAAUCCGCCAUGGUAUAGUUGAAGAUUGGGACUUGAUGGAAAGGUUUAUGGAGCAAGUGAUCUUUAAAUAUUUAAGGGCAGAACCUGAAGACCAUUAUUUUCUUUUGACUGAACCUCCACUGAAUACUCCAGAAAACAGGGAAUAUACUGCUGAAAUAAUGUUUGAGUCCUUCAAUGUUCCAGGCUUAUACAUUGCUGUACAGGCCGUUCUUGCCUUAGCUGCAUCUUGGACCUCCAGACAAGUAGGAGAACGGACGUUGACUGGUACGGUAAUAGACAGCGGAGACGGUGUCACUCAUGUCAUCCCAGUGGCUGAAGGAUAUGUGAUUGGCAGCUGUAUUAAGCACAUUCCAAUCGCAGGACGAGAUAUAACAUAUUUUAUUCAGCAGUUGCUGAGAGACCGAGAAGUAGGAAUUCCUCCAGAGCAAUCCUUGGAAACUGCUAAGGCAGUAAAGGAGCGCUAUAGUUAUGUCUGCCCAGAUUUAGUAAAAGAAUUUAACAAGUAUGAUACAGAUGGAUCAAAGUGGAUUAAACAGUAUACUGGAAUCAAUGCUAUCUCAAAGAAAGAAUUUUCCAUUGAUGUUGGAUAUGAGAGAUUCUUGGGACCUGAAAUUUUUUUUCAUCCAGAGUUUGCUAAUCCAGACUUUACUCAGCCUAUCUCAGAAGUUGUAGAUGAAGUAAUUCAGAACUGUCCUAUUGAUGUCAGACGUCCGCUCUACAAGAAUAUUGUCCUCUCUGGAGGUUCAACCAUGUUCAGGGACUUCGGACGACGCUUGCAAAGAGAUUUGAAAAGAACUGUAGAUGCCAGGCUGAAACUAAGUGAGGAAUUGAGUGGUGGUAGAUUGAAGCCAAAACCUAUUGAUGUACAAGUCAUUACACACCACAUGCAGCGAUAUGCAGUUUGGUUUGGAGGAUCCAUGUUGGCUUCCACACCUGAGUUCUACCAAGUAUGCCACACCAAAAAGGAUUAUGAAGAAAUUGGACCUAGCAUUUGUCGUCACAAUCCAGUGUUUGGAGUCAUGUCGUAAAAUUGGCUUCAUAGUUAUUGGGGUUAGGGAGGUAGGGAAGAAAUAAUCUUUCUGAAUACCUGUUUUGUCUGGAUGGCUGGUUUUGAGGUUUUAAGCCUGACUUGAAAUAAGACCAAACAUAAUUAUACAGGAAUAUUUUAAUAAGUGUAUCAACAUGCGAAUAUAGAGGAGAGCCAAAAUGAUUAAGUGUUUUUCUUUAGAUUGAAUAUUUGAAUCUUAUGUGUAACAAAAAGAAGUGGGUUUUAGUUCUUUCUGUGCCCUGGUAUUUUGUAUAUUAUUGAAUUAUCCAAGAUUUGAUGGGAUUUAUCGGUAUGUAGAUAGCUCUAUAAUGCUUGAAUUGUACACUUUGAAGUGUGCAAUGCAAGAGCUUGUUUAUAUUUCAUACUUUUUAUACUUUGAGGAAAAAAAGUCAAAGAAAAACUAGUAUUGAGGGAAAAAAAAAGCAACCAAGUAAAGGAUAAAUACAAAAAAUAGCCUGUGAGACUUGGCAUACACACACACUCAUGGGAUUCCAGUUAUUACGAAGUGCUUCCAUCCUCCUGUGCCCCACAAUGGUUUUCUUUGCAAGUGCUUUUGGAACUAAGAAGCUAGUAUCUUGGAUUAACUGAUGCCUGCUAGUGCUUUCUGAUUACUUGCAUUCUGUUUCUUGCUUUAAGGAAAAGUAAAGACAAGACUGUUGGACCAGUA